GGCCCGUGCGGCUCAGCGCGGCCGGACCGUCUCUGCAGUUCGGUCCGACGCAGCUGGACCCGACGCUGCUCUGUUUUCCUGAAGGCCCCGUGGGACCCAGGGCCAUGCCCUUGACGUUAGGGGGACGUGUACCGAGUUCGGGUGCUUCCGUGCGGCAUGGAGGGGGGGCGUCCUCCGCCGGGCCGGCGUCUCAGUGAGGGCGAGGCGAGCGUGGUCCCGUCGGCGUCCCUCGGGGGAACAUUUGUGCAGGAAUGGCGGAAAAAACACACCGUUUUCAGACUCACCCAAGCGAGAUGAGCCAGCACGCCGAUGCAUCGGAAUUUAAAGUCCGCGGUUGAGGCUCGACCCGGGGAAUGUUUUUAAUGUGGCACACGGCGAGGUUGAAAGUUGAAGGGGAACAUGGCAGCUGGCGUCACCGCCAAACGCGGGUUAUUAAGCAGUAAAACCUCGCUGUACCGCGCUCUUCACAGAAGGAUCUCACCCGGCAGUGUCUUUAUACGAAGAGCGGCUGCCAGCGCGACGGUGGACUCGCAGUACAACGAGAAGUACUGCCUGGAGCUGGUCAGGUCCAGAGACUAUGAUGGCUUCGUGUCCUCCCUCCUCCUACCGGAGGAGCCACGGCGCUCCUCUUUGGCUCUGAGAGCCUUCAAUGUGGAGCUGGCACAGGUGAAGGACUCAGUUUCCCAGAAGACCAUUGGUCUGAUGCGGAUGCAGUUCUGGAAGACAGCCAUAGAAGAAAUCUACAGAGAUGAGCCUCCAAACCAGCCGGUCACCGCCGAACUGUGGAGGGCGGUGAGGAAAUAUUACCUGACAAAGAGAUGGCUGCUGAAGAUCAUAACAGAAAGAGAAAAGGAUCUGGAUGACAGAGCCUACAGGAACCUUCAGGAGCUGGAGUCGUAUUCAGAGAACACACAGUCCUCCUUACUAUAUUUGCUGCUGGAGUGUUUAGGUUUGAAAAAUGUCCACGCAGACCACGCAGCGAGUCACAUCGGUAAAGCUCAGGGAAUCGUGACGUGUCUGAGAGCGACUCCUUAUCACAGCAGCCGGCGGAAAGUCUACUUGCCCAUGGACAUCUGCAUGUUGCAUGGAGCUUCCCAAGAGGACUUCAUCCGCGGCAGCCGGGAGCAGAACGUCCGGGACGUUGUGUACGACAUUGCCAGUCAGGCUCACGUACAUUUACAACACGCAAGAUCAUUUAGCCACAAUGUUCCAGCAGCUGCCACUCCGGCCUUCCUCCAGACGGUGGUGUUGGAGGACUACCUGAAGAGAGUGAGGAGGGCAGAUUUCGAUGUCUUCCACCCCAGUCUGCAGAACCGAAACCCCCUCCUCCCCAUCCAGCUCUACAUCCGCUCCUGGAAGAAGACCUACUGACAUUACUCCCCCACCCCCACUGAAGUCUGCCUCUUUAUGAAAACACCGACAACACCAGAGACACUGACCGUCGUUUCUCAACCUCUGGCUCACACACACCACCUUUGGUCUUGAUAAUAUUCAGGCAGGGAACAUUUACCGCUUUAAGACGAGGGUUCUUUGGGGACGACUUGUUGCAAUGAUCACCAGAAUCCAGGCAUUUAAUAUUUAAUAUCUAGUCUGCCGUCUUAAAGAAUAACCCUGGUUCAGUACAGCUUAGUUUUUAUUUUUGUAGUUUUAGGCAUCAUUUCUAUCAGUGUUAAUAACUGUAACCUGCAAGUUUAAAUCCUGAGAUUGGUGAACACGUCGAUGACACUAAAGAGAAGUCAGACGCUCAAGGAGCCAGUGUAGACAAACUUGUUUGGAAGAGAAAAAGUAAACGGUAAAACUUUUACACAAACAUCCAUCACGGUUUGCUGACGGACUUCCUGCCUCGACACUGAGCUGUGCUGCAGACUCACGUCCUCCUGUAUGGGCACAGGGACAUGAGGAAGAGACCAGUGUCUUCAUCACGUUGCCCAAGCUGUAUUAACACUUCUCUCCGAUGCGAUAAACACUGCCGUCACAUCAAAACAGCUGUAUUUAAAAACACGUGGAGGAAGUGUUGAUAGUAUCUGAUAAUACUGACCUCUAAUACUGACAAAUGGACCACGGACUAGUGGUUUUAGGACUCAACUACUCAUCAAGCCAAGUAACAGUGUUUUCCUCGGCAAUGAAGGACAUACCCACCACUUUGGGUGCGCUCACUUCCAGUUUUACCUCCAAAUAAAGUGGUUUAGAUUAGGCCCCGAAUCCGGAUUUUCAUAGUCAACGCUGAUGCAUUGACUCGCAGGGGGGCGUCUUUGGUAUAUUCCCUUGUCUUUUUGUCACGCACUUGUGGUUCAUCCUUAUUCCUGUCUAUAGUUUUUUGUUUUCAUAAACACUCAUCUGUGUUUCUGAUGUCUUUUCUCCAGUCACCUUACCUACAAGUAGGAGAAAUACAUUAUUAAUACACUCCCCUGCACACUUGUGGGUGCGGUCUUUGCUCUGUGUACAAUGAAGC